UCACCAGACGCUCAUAAUACAACUAACCUUGUCCCAGUGAAAGCGCGGCUGAUUCCCGUUCCUGUUGAUCCAGCAGUUAACGAGUUAGUGGUUAGAAGCAUCUUGUCAGAGCAGUACCCCCUUAAACGGCGCUGUUGACGGUGAAUUGCAGCGUGUACUUUUCGAGGGUGCCCGUGAAAUCGAUUUUGAGGUUUGCGCUUCCGGCUAACUGACAUUCAGCCACCGUUUGACGACAGCCUUACGGAAUAAGCUUUUGGCAGUUGAUCAACAGAUUCAGUACCGGAUUUUUGCGUAAAGGUUUUGUUUUUUAUUCGGAAAAAUUGUCUUCGCUCGCUAUUGGCGGCUUUCCGCGUAGGCAACCUAUCAUAACCCGGAAACAAGAAACAAAAUCCGACAGGAUGAACUCUACGAGUGUGACCUCGAGGCAAAUUCUGCUGGCUCUAGCGCUGCUUCUGUGUGUGGUCAAAUUAACUUCAGGGCGACCGCAAAACGCAAUCGACAGCCAGGAUGCUCCCGAGAUGAACAUGAGCGAGCUGCGAAAAUUGUACGCAAACUACAACCCCUAUAUAUCUACUAAUCAACUGGAUGACUACGGACUGGACCGGUUACAGCUUCAGCUGCUGGCCCAGUACGCACAAAACAAUGCCAUCGGCAAUGGAGGUGGCUGGGACCAGCUGUACCGGGCUCCGGAAAUGAAACGUCAAAUCCGGUAUCGUCAGUGUUACUUCAACCCAAUCUCCUGCUUCAAAAAGUAAACCAUUUGUUUGGAGCUCCUCAUUCCACUUUCGAUUGUUGAACCCGUUAGAACUAGUCGUAUUCCGUCUACAACCACAAACUGAGAAAAAGAAGCUGUUUUCUGUACAUCAUUAUUUACAAAAAUAAGCCCCAUGAAGAAAAAACAUAAAACAAAAAGCCAGGUUGCCGCGGAGGAUCAACGAAAGACCAACACCUUCAAUGUACGAUCUUCUCUAACAAGUAGAACAUAAUCCAACAUACGCUGUUAAGCGCAGCUUAACUACUGUUAAACACAAACAAAACAAAUCGAGCAUUGCAAGUGAAUGGUACCCGAAGACUAAUUGCCGUUUCUCUUUGAGCAAGAGUACAUCUAGGAAGACUUGUUUUCUCUGUACAGAAAUCAUUUGUAUACAUACAUAUACUAAAAAUACUGCGAGACAAUGCAAUUGAACCAUUCAACGUCAAUAAUCAACGUUCGGUUACGCUGUAAUAAUCUUGAAGAGAGAAAAUAAACAAAUAUUUUUGUUAGCAAUCAUCAAUAAAAUCGAGUUAAUUCCUGAAACCGCUCGAAUGACUGUCAA